AUUGAGUCACUGCUUCCUAUAUAAUAUAGAAGGCCCGGUCAUAUUGUCAGUAGAACUGAAGUAAACACAAUGAAUCAAACAUUACUUGUCGUAGCCCUUGUGUUAUUGGUGGUAGCCAACGCGAGGAUGCUGCCCCGAGAGCCUUGGUCAGGUGAGAUAGGUGGAGUUAGGAGUUUGGGUGGGUCUGGAGCAGUGGAGAUGCCGCGGCGGCAGAAGCGCUCCUUCCACUUUCGCGGCUACUGGUCCUGCCCCAUCGGCUACAUACGAAGCCCCGCUGCUAUAUGCGUCGAGUGCGGAGAAUACGAGAUGAUAACCGGAAUACCUUGCGACAACAUGUUCUGAUGAUUGAGGAACGAAGCGAAGAGUUCACAGUAAAUAACAGUAGUCAAUAACAAAUCAUCCACAGCUUCACUGCCUUUGUACAAAUGUUCAAUCUUCAAAAAUAAUUCAGAGUUGGCAGAUGUAUUUAUCAACGAAUCAUUUCUUUAAAUAAAUAUUUUAAACUGUA